AUGGCUCUUUUCUUCGUACCUCGCCGGGUAUUCGUACGCUCCAGCUCUAGUCUCCGAAUAUUCUCCUCCCGGUCCUUCUCAUGUUACUCCGUUCUUCGGAACGACAAGCCGGCUUUCGCCUUCGGCCGCGGCCCAGCUCCUCCAAGGCUACCGAAGGAAGAGCAAGAGCUCUUUGAAGAACUUCAAAGACGAUCGACCGGCGCAUUUAGUACGCCUCGCGCCCCUCCCAAAGUCAACCAGUCACCACAUUCCCAACCUGCCGCUGAAGAAAAGCCUGAGUUUAAGGCCACGGGCAAAGGAGAGGAACUUCAUCCGGAUCUGCGGGGAGGUCUCAAGCCUGAAUUUGAGGGUGAGAGAAAUCCCAAGACUGGAGAAGUGGGGGGACCCAAGAACGAGCCACUGCGAUGGGGGGCGGAGGGCGACUGGAGCUACGGUGGUCGUGUCACAGAUUUCUGA